ACUAGAUGGCGGUAAUACUCUACAAUCUAUAAAGACGUUGCAUUGCAUUUGGACGGCCACUGUCAGACUGAAAAGCUAGUAGCUAGCAUGUCGGAAUACGAAGCUACCCAGAAAAGUGCUUUAAAAUUGAAAGGAGUCCAGUUGGCAAGUAAAAAGAAAAAGAAGAAGGAUAAGGAAAGGAAAAAUUUAGAGCAGCAGGUGGUGAGCAGUCAAAAUGAAGAAGGAACAAAGAAAGGUUAUGUUGAUAAAAGGACACCAGCUCAAAUGGCGUUUGACAAAAUACAGGAGAGAAGGCAAAUGGAGCGGAUUUUAAAGAAGGCCUCCAAGACACACAAGAGAAGAGUUGAGGAUUUUAACAGACACCUGGAUGCAUUGACGGAACAUUAUGACAUACCCAAAGUCAGCUGGACUAAAUAAACUGAAUAUCUUUGGUUUUAUUUUCAACUGGUUACUAGCAGAGUAACAUUAUUUGUUAUAAUGGUACAUUAAACAACAUUUGACUGGUUAUGAUGUUACUGUAUAUACUCUUAUUUUUUUAUUUGUAACAUUUUUGACGUUUUGCCUGUGUCGAGCAGUAUUUGUGGAUUCAGAUUAUUUAGCGUUUCUUUAGGGAUUGAUUUCUUGAGACAUACCCUUGGUAUCUAAAUGUGCAUUUUUUUUCCUUUAACAUCCCAGCAUUCUUUCAGAAGAGAAUGGAGCUUUAGUCAUAUUUGGCUUUGUACCAAUGUAUUUUGCCUAGCGUCGUCUAAAUAAAGAUGUAGCUCUGUUGUACAAAGCAGACAAUGUUA